UGUCUGUGCACGUCCCUGCUGUUGGACAUACGGGAAACAGAAAGAGUCCGGGUUCACGCCUCUUAAUCACCGAUCAGCAGCGCGCGGAAACGUUGUAAAUACAUUUGGAUCUAUCGAAAGAUUUGUCCCUCGUUCAAAUAUUAAAAAAGACCAACUAAACAACCGUAGAAAUCAAAUCGCGAUAUUUGUGGUGAUAUUCAGUGAAAUGGCAGAAGCCAGUAUUUCAGUGGAUCAGGAUCAGUUCACUUGUCCAGUGUGUCUGGAUCUCCUGAAGGAUCCAGUGGCCAUUCCCUGUGGACACAGUUACUGUAUGAGCUGCAUCACUGACUACUGGAAUCGGGAGGAUCAGAAGGGAAUCUACAGAUGUCCAUUAUGCAAACAGACCUUCACACCAAGACCAGUUUUAUGUAAGAAUGUGGUGAUUGCUGAGAUGGUGGAGAAACUGAAGAUGAUGAAACUCCAAUCUGCUCCUGCUCCUCCUGCUGCUCCUGUAGUUCCUCACACUGGAUCUGGAGAUGUUCAAUGUGACUCCUGCACUGGAAUAAAACAGAAAGCAGUGAAGUCGUGUCUGGAGUGUCGAAGCUCUUACUGUCAAAAUCACCUUGAACAGCAUGAGAAUCUCUUCAGAAGUAAAAGACACAAUCUGAUGGACGCCACUGGACGACUGCAGGAGAUGAUCUGCACUCGACAUGGUAAAAUGCUGGAAAUUUACUGCCGUACCGACCAGCGGUGUAUCUGUAUGCUGUGUUUGAUGGAUGAACACAAAAAUCAUGACACGGUAUCAACUGCAGCAGCGAGGACUGAGAAACAGAGACAAUAUGAGGAAACACAGAGAAACAUCCAGCAGAGAAUCCAGCAGAGAGAGAAAGAUCUUCAGCAGCUGAGAGAGGCUGUGGAGUCUCAUAAGCGCUCUGCACAGACCGCAGUGCAGGACAGUGAGAGGAUCUUCACUGAGCUCAUCCGCUCCAUUGAGAGACGUCGCUCUGAGGUGACGCAGCUGAUCAGAGAUCAGGAACGAGCUGCAGUGAAACAAGCUGAAGAACGACUGGAGGAACUGGAGCAGGAGAUCACUGAUCUGAGGAGGAGAGACGCUGAGCUGAAGCAGCUUUCACACACACAGGAUCAUGUUCAUUUCCUCCAGAGUUCGUCGUCUGUCUCUCUCUCUGGAUCUACAGACGGCUUCACUGUCAGUUCUCAUCUGUCUUUUGAUGAAGUAGUGAAAUCUGUCUCUCAACUCAGAGACAAACUGCUGCAGUUCUGCAGUGAGGAGACAGAAAUCAUAACUGACAGAGUAAAAACCAUCCAGGUCAUUCUGACCCCUGAAUAUCAGACCAGAGAGGAGCUUCUACAAUAUUCCCAUCUGUUGACCCUGGAUCUGAACUCAGUGAAUAACAGGCUCCGUCUGUCUGAGGGAAACACAGUGAUCACUGCCACUGACAAACCCCAGCGUUAUCCUGAUCAUCCAGACAGAUUUGAUUGUUGGGGACAGGCGAUGUGUAGAGAGAGUGUGACUGGACGCUGUUACUGGGAGGUGGAGUGGAGCGGCAGUGAUGGGAUAUCAGAGGUGGAUAUAUCAGUGACGUAUAAAAGCAUCAGUAGAAAGGGAAAUGGUCUUGAAAGUGUAGCUGGGUGCAACAAUCAGUCCUGGAGUUUGUUCUGCACUCCAGACGGUUACUCAUUCUGGCACAAUAACAUAGAGACUAAACUUCCUGUAGUCAAUGUCUCCAGGAGAAUAGGAGUGUAUGUGGAUCACAGCGCAGGGAUUUUGUCCUUCUACAGCGUCUCAGACACAAUGAGCCUCAUCCACAGAGUCCAGACCACAUUCACUCAGCCGCUUUAUGCCAUGCUUGGACUACAAAGGCACACAACAGCGAAACUCUGUCGUCUGACUAAUUAACUCACACGUCACGUCUCAUGAUGAAUCAGUAUCAGUAAGAUGUCAUGGGCCUUAUUUUCUAAUCAGAAAAAACACUAAUGAACUUUUAAAAAUCAUAAGUAUAGUAAGAGUAACCCUUCUCAUAAGAUUAGUAUAAUAAUGGCUGUAGAGUAAGAGAUGAUAAUUAAUGUUAAAAAAAUGUGACAUUUAGUCUCUGUUGAAAUUGGAUGCAACUUUUGUUCUGAUAUUAAUUUAACUUACAAUUGUUGACAAACACAGCCUGACUAAACUAAUAACACAAAUGAUUGUACAUUUUUUUGUACAUACGUUUUCUGUAAAAAAACAACAACAACAAAAAAACUUACGUACACUGUAAAAAACAUGUUCACUCAACUUAACUUUUUGAAUUCUCUUUUUGCUUUUUUUGAGUUAAGUUUAAUCUACUUAAAAUAUUAAGUAUGUUCAACUUGUCAAAUUUAAAGUUAUUUGAGCUUAUAAAUAACUUUAUGAAAGUAAGGUGAACUUUAAGUUUUCACUUUUUACUUUUUUUUUUUGUUGUUGUUGUUCAAGUUUUUGAGUUAUUAAUUUCCACUCAGUCAUGUUUCGGUUGGCAACCUUAUUCAUUCCCAUUUACAUUCAUUUCUACUGCAAAUAAUAUAUAUUUUUAUAUAUUAUUAUUAUUAUAUUAUAUUAUUAUUAUUAUUAUAUUAUAAUAUUAUUACUAUAUUAUUAUUAUUGUUAUAUUAUAUAUUAUUAUAUUAUCAUAAUAUUAUUUUUAUAAUAAUAUAAUACAAAUAAUACUAGAUAAAAAAGUUUGUCGAGACAAACUUUAAGUUGGCUUGAAAAAGUCGGUCCAGAAAGUUUAAAGUAGUUUAUAAAGUUUAAAGUUUGAAAGUUUUCAGUUUGAAAGUUUGGUUUAAGUUUAGUAGUUUUGAAAUAGAUAGAUAGAUAGAUAGAUAGAUAGAUAGAUAGAUAGAUGAGAAGUGAUAGAUGAGAAGAGAGAUAGAUGAGAAGUGAUAGAUAGAUAGAUAGAUAGAUAGAUAGAUAGAUAGAUAGAUAGAUAGAUAGAGUCAGGGUAAUCAAGAUGGUUGCUAGGGUGUUGCUAUGCGGUUGCUAGGGUACUCGGGGUGGUUGCUAAGGUGUUGCUAUGCGGUUGCUAAGGUAUUCUGGGUGGUUGCUAAGGUGUUGCUAUGCGGUUGCUAGGGUAUUCGGGGUGGUUGCUAGGGUGGUUGCUAUGCGGUUGCUAGGGUACUCGGGGUGGUUGCUAAGGUGUUGCUAUGCAGUUGCUAAGGUAUUAUGGGUGGUUGCUAAGGUGUUGCUAUGAGGUUGCUAAGGUACUCGGGGUGGUUGCUAAGGUGUUGCUAUGCGGUUGCUAGGGUAAUCGGGGUGGUUGCUAAGGUGUUGCUAUGCUGUUGCCAGGUUACUCUAGGUGGUUGCUAGGGUGUUGCUAUGCAGUUGCUAGGGUACUCGGGGUGGUUGCUAAGGUGUUGCUAUGCGGUUGCUAAGGUACUCUAGGUGGUUGCUAAGGUGUUGCUAUGCAGUUGCUAGGGUACUCGGGGUGGUUGCUAAGGUGUUGCUAUGCAGUUGCUAGGGUAUUCUAGGUGGUUGCUAGGGUGUUGCUAAGGUAUUCUGGGUGGUUGCUAGGGUGUUGCUAUGCAGUUACUAGGGUAAUCGGGUUGGUUGCUAGGAUGUUGCCAGGGUGAUUUGUGUGGUUGCUAGGCGGUUGCCAUGUGGUUGCUAAGUUGUUCUGGGUGGUUGCUAUGAGAUAGAUAGAUAGAUUUAGUUUUAGUCCCUAUGUAAUUUACCAUAGUAGGAAAAACACACUGGUUCAUGGGCACGGCUUCACCAUAGUAUGUCUAUGGGGCAACUUUGGGCAGCUCUUGCGCCCCAGGGGUACAACUUACACCCCAUUUUGAGGUAUGGUCUGACAGAGCCUGCCAGCCUCUUCAAACAUGGUAACCCACAUGUUUCUACGAAAUCCUCGUUAGGAGCUAUGACUCAUCAAAGUUCGUCGCAAUGUUAAGUCUAAGGGAUUUUUCGCCCGAUUUUUCGCCUGCCGGACGAACAUCGCACACCCGAUCGCUUAUAAAAGUCAUAGCACACCUCUCCUCAAUGAGCCGGUUGAUUUGACACCUCAUUCAUGGGUCUAUGACAAAUGCUGCGGGAGGAGUAGCACGCAGAAUUUUUAAUGGAAGAAGAAGAAGAAGAAGUAUGCACAAUAACAAUAAUGAUGCUUUGCCUUUGGCAAGCACCAUUAAAAAUAAGUUUAAAUAGCAUAACAGUAAGUUGGCUUUUUAUGAUAAUGAUAAUCUUAAAUAGAAGAUCAGUAAGUUGGCUUUUUCAAGCCAACUUAAUUAGUACCCCAAAUUAUUGUUCCAUGUCUGUACGGAACACGACUCACUCCCUGAAACUGCGAUGACUGACACCAUGGUAACCAUAGCAACGUCCUGGCAUCUGGCUUGUUUAUCCUAUUCUGACCAAGUAAUAUUACAAAGACAAAAGACUUGUAUUCAACAUUUUUAACCAAAGCACAGAUGAGGUGUUGUGUUUUGUUUGUGCUUGUAACGGCUCCUUCACAGAGCGCGCUCAUGCAGUGUUGCCAUGUCCUCGUAUUAUAUGCUUUUUUGGGCUUGUUUAAGCUUGGCUCAUAAAGCUAUCGAGUUAAAGUGUUAGUUAAAGAGAAGGAAGUAAAGACAUCGUUAAAAUAGUCUAUAUGACUACAGUUAUUCAACUUUAAUCUUAUGAAGCUAUGAGAAUACUUUUUGUAUAAAACAUUACUGAAGUGCAUCUUGAGACAAAACAAUGGCACUGACAUAUUUUAUGAUAUGCCAGUGCAAGUUAUUUUUAGUGAAGACAGCUCAAACAUGCAUUUUAGUCUAGGACUAGCUUAAGCCUUGUUUGUAAAUCCAGGGGAAAGAGAAUUAACAGUGCUUUAGAUGUUAAAAUAAAGUUUGGAGUCACCAUUAUAGAGAUCAGUGUUUGAUUUAGCCGGGCUCUUCACCCUUGACUUUUUAACUUUUUUUUUCUGGCUGUUAUAACUGUGCUUUUCCAAAGCACAUUUGUUAUAGCAAAUAUAUUGCCGGAGAAGAUCUGAUCAGAUUACUUAUUGAUAAUCUAUUGAUGAUGAUACACUCAUAGUGGCCUGAUUCGCUGAUCUCUGAAUAUAGUAUUUAGAUGAAUAAUUACAUGUUGCUGUAGCUCUAUAAUACUACUGCAUAAAAUCCUGUCCUGCUUCGAUAUUUUGAAAGUUUUUAAGUCAUUAUGCAGAAAUUAAUUGGACAGGAUCACAUAGAUACACUCACAGAUAUCAAGAAUCAGUGUAAAAGAUCACCUUUAAUGAUAGGUGCAAUACAACACUUAAAGUGGUUCUCCUAUGAUUACAAACCAAUGAACCACUUUUAGUGCUAUUCAGCACCAUUUUUGUUUGAGGUUACUGUUGUGCUGAAGAGUAGAGCCUUACUUAGGACCAUGUGAUAUUUCAGUUUUUCUUUUUUAAUAAAUCUGCAAAAAUGUCAACAAUUCUGUGUUUUUCUGUCAAUAUGGGGUGCUGUGUGUACAUUAAUGAGGAAAAAAAAUGAACUUAAAUGAUUUUAGCAAAUGGCUGCAAUAUAACAAAGAGUGAAAAAUUUAAGGGGGUCUGAAUACUUUCCGUACCCACUGUAUGUUAGUGUAAAGACACCUAAAUGACACUUCAGAAGCAGCCCUGUGCCAUCUUUGCAGUGUAAAUUUGCCAAAAUAAUGUAAAUGAUAAAUAGAUUAUACAAAAAAAUAUUGUCAUAUCAUAUGUUUUAAGCACCAUGAUAAAUCAGCAAAGAUGAGAUGAUAUUGAAUCUUUUAUUUUCCAAUUAAUAAAUUGAAAAUGUAAUCUCAGAUAUGAUAGCAUCUUAUUAAUCUAAAAAUGGUUAUAUUGUGGGAGUGUGAACUGAUCAUGAGAUGUGUAUGAAGAAAGUGUGGUGUGAUUAUAUGUAAAUCCAAUUAAUUCAGUCUUCUAGUGGAAUUUGAUGAAAAUCCUGAUUAUUUUUUGCCAAAGUUUGUUGAAAGUAACUUUCGAUUCUUUGUUGGGGUAAUGAAAGAAAUGUAUAUUUUAUGUUGUUUGGUUAAAAAUCCAUACAAUUAGUGGACUUAAAUUGUUUUACUUUAGAUUACUUUAUGACUGAAAAUAUUUUAUGAAUAAAGGAAAAGAAACCAAGACAGAUGUUUGCCUUGUCCUGGUCAAUCGCAGAUCUUCUUCUUUACCACCAGGAGGCGCUAGCAGCUAUGUAUUCCAUAUAUCAAGCACAACUGCUCUCCUGCAUUAUAAACAUUUAUCAGAAAUUCACGCAUUUCCAUCUCUUUUCUCAAUAUCUCAGUCACCUUCUGCACUACAUCUCCCAGAAUCCUUCCUGGUCCACACAUUCUACAAUCAUCACCAGCUGUCUGUCAUUGGUCUCGUCGUGCACAAGACUGCUACAGUUUGGAUCGUGAUUUACCUGAAGUAUAGGCUACUUAACUCUGUAUCCUAUAGGAAUGGAGAAUGAAGCCUCUUGAAUCUUUGAAGCUUUUCUCUGAUGGUUUUGGGAGAAGAUUUGAAGCGUUAUACAUUCCUACUGCUGGUGAACACGCGUACAUAGUAGUUAAUGUAGUUAUAUAGUAUGUAGAAUACAAACGUGUCAGUAGGGAGUCUUAAAGCAACAGCUGCUGAUGGAACGGCAACAGCGUUUUGGCUUUCUAUUGCGCAUGCGCGACUUUAACCGCUACUUCCUGAUGCAACUGGGUUAUUUUUGAACAUGAUCUUGGAGGCAUAUACAGUAUGUGUGUGGCUGUCAAUAAAACUCAGAAUAGUCAGAAUAGUUUUAUAGUAUAUUUAAAAGUUUUACGACAUUCUUUACACAUUAUUUAUAGUGAUUUUUACAAUACAAAUUGUUACAAAACAGCUUUAAAGAAAAUAUAAAAACUGAAAUAAAGACAACUCUUGCAUUUUGUAGAUUAUUCUACUAGAAUCUGAGUUGUUUUCUAACCAGAUCACAUGAUUGUUUUCCAUUAAUGUGAUAAACAUAGUCAUUUAAACAUUAUUUCAUACAUUUACAUAGAUAUAAUAGUGUCUAACUUUUUUAAGAGAGAAAAUCCCCUCAAAAUCAAAAAGCCAUGACAUGUAUUUACAAAAAUAAAACAUUUUACUUUAUGAGACUUUUUGCUUUCCAUUAUUCACAUUUGUUGACACAUGAUCAUUAAAGCUUUCCAAAAUAUAUAUGGAAGUUGUAAAAUUAGGUUCGUUAAAACAUUUUAUUUUAUUCUGAACCCCAUAUUUCAAUGUGUUGUAUAUAUAAUGGCGAUCAUUUUCAUUUAUAACACACAAAGCAUAAAAUAUGGCUGGACAAAUAAUAUUAUUUACA